GAGUGGAGGAGAGGAGCCAGAAACGAGAAUUCAAACAAACAGAGAGAAAGAGAGAGAGAAAAGAGAGAGAGAUAUUUAUAAAGUCACCUAGAGAAAUCUGCAUCAAAGUCUUUGUGGAUCAGUCCCAGAAUCCUUCAAUCGUCUCUUAGACCAGAAACUAAGAGUUGAACAGUUUUGGGAAGCAGUGAAGUUCUGCAGACGACGACUCCUGAGGGACCUCCGCCGAUGGGCAUCAUCAGAUCCUCCUGUCCACAUCUCUGACUACAGCUGGAAGACAAACCUACAGUGAGGAUGAGCCGUAAGGUCGCGCUGUGGCUGCUGUUCACCGCCGCUCUGUGUGGCGUCUCCGCAGCUCGCAAGAAUCGACCGCCGAGCUCCAUCCCGUCACCUUUCAAAAACAACGGCAACACCUCAGACCGGCGCGGCCGUAAGCAGGAGGUUCUCGCCUCGAGCCAGGAAGCUCUGGUGGUGACGGAGAGAAAGUACCUGAAGAGCGACUGGUGUAAAACUCAACCCCUGCGGCAGACGGUCAGUCAGGAGGGAUGCAAGAGCCGGACGGUCAUCAACCGCUUCUGUUACGGCCAAUGUAACUCCUUCUAUAUACCGCGACACGUGAAGAAAGAGCAGGAGUCGUUUCAGUCGUGCGCGUUCUGCAGACCACAUCGCUUCACAACACUGACGGUCGAGCUCGACUGUCCAGACCUACAGCCGCCGCUCCGUUACCGCAGGAUUCAGCGCGUUAAACAGUGUCGAUGUAUGUCGGUGAGCGUGACGGAGUCUGGGAAACAAUGAGUGUGUUACUGUAUAAACACUAUAGGCUGCUAUCUGAGGCUGUAGGACUGCACGCGUUCAGCACAGCGAAUCAAGAGGAACCGAAUCACCGGCCUCCAUUAGAUGAAUCACUCAUACAGUUCAUUUAUCCGCUUUCAUUAGAAGCGAACAGAAGUUCCAUAAAGGCCCACGUGGUUCUGCUCGAGUCUUACUGACUGAACCUGAGAGAGACUCGAACCCGCCGGUGCUGCUGAGGUUACUUUAGAGUUAAAAACAUGACGACCUAUAGACUAUAGAGCGACUAUACAGAGAUUCUAUAGUACAGUAAAUCUGUAUUUAUCUAAAGAAAACUGAUGUUAAUAUUAAAACUAUUUUAAAUAACCAUCUGUUUAUCUCUUCUUUUGUUUGGACAUCGAGUUAAAGCUGAAGUUUGUGGGGAGAAACCUUUCAUCAGCCCAAACUUAAUGUACAAAAUAAAACCUGUUAGCAGUUUGAACUAUUACACACUUCACAUUCACAGGUAGUGUUAGUAAAGGUUAAACUGGAUGGAUUUGAAUGUUAAAGUGGAAUCCGUGAAUAAUUGAGUGAUGUUGAUCAUCAGAGAUACAGUAAAGUAAACACUGAGUGCAUACGUAAGAAAUAAUCAGAGACGGGCUGUUGAAUUAUUCAAAAAUAAUGCACACCCAAGGUGGUAAUGUGAGCAUUAUUUUCAUUAUAUAUACCACGGGUCUGUUGAAUGCUUUAUUCUGAUUGGUUGAGAAAUGUUUAAUGGGUGGGUGUUGAUUAUUUUUCAGUAAGCGCACACCUGAUCUGUCAAAUGUCCUUAAAACAACCACCUGAGAAAUGUCUGUGAUAGCUGUGGUAUAAGAGGAAUAUUUGACUCUGAUCCUUUGAAUUAUUUGAUAAUAAUGCACACCCUCAUCGUGUAUCUCUGCUUCGCGUUGUGCCACGAAACCACUUUGUGUGUGCGCAUUAUUUUGUAAUAAUUCAACAGCCAAUCAUCAGUUAUUAUUAUCAUCCUUACAGAAUAGAAAAAGACCGGAGUCAAUUAUUCCUCUUAUACCACAGACAUUUCCCUGGUGGUUAUUUUAAGACAUUUGACAGGUCAGGUGUCCGUUUAUUGAAAAAUAAUCAACACCUGUGGAACAUUUCUCAACCAAUCAGAAUUAAGUAUUCAACAGCCUCGUGGUAUAAUCCCAAUAAUACACAUGUAUUCAUUAUACACUUUAAUAAAUCAAACCAGUUUAAUGUUUUCUCAAACUGUUUGUCAUUUUGUAAUGAUCGAUUGAAUGGAUGUUGCCAACCCUGAAAACAGCCAAAUAUUGGAUGACCAGAUCCUGGAUCCGUAUGAAGAAUAAAAACAGAAAGUGUGAUUUGUAAAGUUGUGUAUC